AUGCCGGGGUCUGACGAGGGGGAGCUGCCAAGAGGCGUGUUAACUCUGGAAAAGCAGGAAAGGCUACAUGAGAGUUCGGACACGAAGGUUCAGGAUGGAAAGGUGGAACACACAAAUAAGUCUGCAGACCCCCAGCUGGAGCCGGUCUGCACCGAAACAGCUGACCAAGCCAGUUCGGGCCCACCGGGGGAGUCGAAUUGCACUGCUUUGCCCGCUCCUUCAGAGGGGGCUUCAGAUGACAGUGAUGCCGGCAUGCAUAAUUCAGUGUCUUCAGUCCAAAUGACGGACAAUGGGCUCGAAGAUGCCGCUCAUCCAGAUGAUCAUGCGCCUGGAAGGGACGCGGAAGAAAUCGCUGCUGCAGGCUGUGAACAAAGGCCCCUCGAUGCACCUGCCCGGACAGCGGCCGCUGAGUCACCGCUAACCCAAAUCGUGACGUCAGAGAUGCCUCCCCCAGCCUUCUUGCCUCGCCAGUUACGCAUGAAGAGAAACGCCGGCAGAGCAAGUGAGCCGCCUGCGUCGGGAACGUCGGGAUAUUCGGUUUCCACCACCCGCACUGCGGCUGGUCAGACGCUCGAAGAGGGAGGGCAGCAAGAUGCAGAAGCACCAGCUGACGAUACCCAGGAAGCAGGGAACGAACGCAGCAAAGUGGACGAUGAAUUUGUCCUUUUUAUGAAGGAAAUUGAACAGCUGGACAGCCAGAGGGAGGCCCAACAGCAGGAUUCAAAUUCAGGUGGCCAGGAAGCAGUGUCGAUCGCGUCUGUACCAGAGACGCUUCCCGAUAGCCAACAGUCGUCAAGAACCAGUCCACCUGCUUCUGAGAGUCCUCAGAACAGUGCAGACCAGGGGAUAACGGCCACUGGCAUCCAUGAGCAGCAGCAGCCCCAAGAUGAUGAGGCAGUUUGGCAGGCGGUUGUAGAUGCUGCUACUGGGAAGACAUACUACUGGAAUGUAACCACUGAUGAGGUUACAUGGGAGUCGCCCGGAAGCUCUCUACAGCCCAGUGCUGCACAGGUAGACACGGGUGCCAAGCAUCAGCAACAGCAAGACCUGCGACAGUGGGCUGCAUCCACCUUUAGAUUGACUCAGGAGCUGCCAACGUGCUCGGAGAAAGUCCAGCAGCUGAUUUUUCAGCUAGAUUUCAUGGAGGAGGAGUUAGAUGCAGAGUAUGAAAGUUGCACUGUGGCUGGAGCAGCUGCUCUUCGUGAAAAAGCUGAUCUCAGUAUGCGCCUUCAACGAUUCCGUUCCAUGAGGCAGCGUCGGGAGCAACAGCGGCAUAAACGAUCACAGGAAACGAGCGCUAGUGGUUCGGAUGAUGAAUUUUUGAAGGAGUUGAUAGACCUUCAGCUUCAACAAGAUCGACGACCACAGCCUGCUCAGUGCGCGGCCUGCAAACAGCGGCUGGCGGAGUCCAGAGGAACACAGUCUCAGCAGGCAAAGGUUCGCUCGUUGGCGUCUUCGCUUGCACGGCGUCUUGGAAAUGUGGAGAAGGAAUGGGCUUCAGCAUUGUUAGCUGCACUGAAGGCUCGCUUAGAUGACUGGAUAGAUGGAGGUCUUAGUAGCAGCUUUUUUCUAAAGAGGCUUGACAAAAUGCAACAGGAUUUUCAGAAGCAUCUCUUGCAAGAUGUGGAAGCAGAAGAGCGGCACCAAGAACUUGCAUCCGUAUUCCCCUAUUCUGCUGCUGCAGCAUCUGUCUCGGCCAGCGGAACAGUGAAGUCAUCUUCGCGGAACUGCCUAGCUGGCGUGGCAGGGACAUCUGCAUUGGACAAGGGUGGCAGUGGCCGUCCCACAACUAGUGGCUCUAGAAACGCUGGUGCUAUGCAAAGAGGCAGCAGCGUCUCCAGCGAGGAGUCGACAGCACUCGGCACUGCCCCUCCUACCCCUGAAGGGCCCCCACCGACGCUUCCCGAUGAAGUGGCUCCAGCAGCAUCAGAAGCCGCAAAAGCGGGGGCAGCACCAGCAGCAGGUAUGUCGCUGGCUGUGUUCAAUAUUUUGCAGAUGGUGAAGGACCCGGAGCUUAUUCUACUCACCCCAUCGACAGGGCGGCUCGCGCAUACAGCAGCUGCUGAAAUCACUGCCAGGCUAGCCGCCCUCAAUGGCCGAAAGCGCUCUUCAGGGCGCGUUGCCACGAGGCCAUGCAGCCCAUCAGUAUCGCAGGUCCUUGGAGUGUUCAGGCAGGUUCAUGAUGCAGUGCAUAAUCAUCAACGGCAUCAUGAGACAGAUCCGAAGGCUCCUGCGGUGUCGCGGGAUGGAGCCCAAGGGUCUGCUGUCGCUGCGGCGCCUACCAAGCGGCCGCUCGGCAGCUCUGGCGUCAAAAAGCUUAGUUCUUCCAAUCCCCUUGUACGGAGGCGCAUGCAGCUCGUUGAAAAGUGGCAGAAGAGUCGGGAGAAGGAUGAAGAGUCCGACGAGGACUACGACAAACGAAAGGAGCGAUUGAAGCAAAAGAAAAUCGAAGAGUGGAAGGAAAAGGAAAUGUCGAGUCGCAGAGGGAUGCAAAAUGCGAAUUUUAUUGAAGUAACGGCGGAUUGGCGCACCUUAGUGCAGAAGAAAUGA